CGCCGAAGGACCUCCACAGCUGGCUACCGUACUUUUUUGUGUUUUCCUUUGACCCAAACAAGUUACAAUUCAUCUAGCAACCAUGCGUGCCCUCGUCCUCGCCGCUUUCGCCACCCUCAUGAUGGCCGCCGUCGCCUCGGCUGCCCCCCUGGCCAACGCCCGCAACGGCUACGCCCCCCUGGUCGCCGAUGCCGACGAGCUGAUCCCCAACCAGUACAUCGUCGUCUUCCGCCCCGAUGUCUCCGUCGCCGAGGCCCGCUUCUUCUCUCGCUCCAUGGGUCUGGAGAAGGACGCUUCCAUGCGCUUCAUGAACAUCGGCCGCCGCUUCAAGGCCCUCGCCGCCUACCUCGACGAGGAGGCCCUCGAGCAGAUCCGCGCCCGCACCGACAUCGUCGACUACGUCGAGCAGGACUCCAUCGUCCGCGCUGAUGCCUUCACCACCCAGCCCAACGCCACCUGGGGUAUUGACCGUGUCGACCAGACCAACCUGCCCCUGGACUCCAAGUACAACUACCACACCACCGCCGGUGCUGGCGUCGACGUCUACGUCGUCGACACCGGUAUCAACAACGGCCACACCGACUUCGGUGGCCGCUCCUCCUCCGGCUACAACUUCCACAGCGGCACCCCCAACGCCAACGAUGACAACGGUCACGGUACUCACUGUGCCGGUACCAUCGGUGGUACCACCUGGGGUGUUGCCAAGAAGGCCAACCUGAUUGGUGUCAAGGUCCUCGGCGCCCUCGGCUCCGGCUCCCUGUCCAACGUCGCCGCCGGUGUCUCCUGGUCCGCCCAGCAGCACGCCGCCAGCGCCCACAAGCGCUCCGUCGCCUCCAUGUCCCUCGGUGGUGGUGCCUCCCUGGUCAUCGACGACGCCGUCGAGGCCGCCACCAAGCAGGGUCUCGCCGUCAUUGUUGCCUCCGGUAACUCCAACGCCGAUGCCUGCAACUACUCCCCGGCUCGCUCUCCCUUCGCCUUCACCGUCAACGCCUCCGACCGCAGCGACUGGCGCGCCUCCUUCUCCAACUACGGCUCUUGCACCGACAUCUUCGCCCCUGGUGUUUCCAUCACCUCCGCCUGGAUCGGUUCUUCCACCGCCACCAACACCAUCUCCGGUACCUCCAUGGCUUGCCCCCACGUUUCCGGUGCUGCCGCUCUCAUCCUCUCUCGCGAGGGCUCCAUGGCCCCGGCCACCCUCUUCAACAAGAUCGUCGCCGAUGCCACCAACGGUGUCAUCUCCAACGUCAACGGUUCCCCCAACCGCCUCCUCCGCACCCCCUACGACAUGUAAGUGGCCUUCUCGUCGCCGGCGCGCCAUGGCUUUGCGCUGUGCGCGCGCGCGCGCGCGCGCGGGCUUUUAGUUCCACUCGCGUCGUCCGCGCGUGCGCAUCCGCGCGCGAGGGGCUCCGCGAUCAAUGGCACCCCAUCACUUGGACCUCUCCCCCUUCUUCAACCUUGAAAAAAGGCCCCCCCGCGCCGGCAGGUAGUGUCGGGGGGAGAGGCCACCAGGAAGUCCGGGGGCUUGAUUCCGGUGGUGGAGCAUUUCCCUGCUCCCCCCCCCCUGUUCAUUCUCUCCUCUUCCGGUUGAUGUUGCGCUUGUGUCUGCAUGUGGUGCCGUCAUAUAUAUAUGCCUCCGUGCGUGUGUGUGUCUGUGCCGCGUGAGCAUAUGCCCAUGAUGCCCCCCUUGUAGUAGUUCCCCCCUAGUGUUAGGUUUCCCCAUCCCACAUUUUGUGUCGUCCCCCCUGUCCUUAAUGUACUGGCUUGG